AUGUCUCUGUUCAUUCCUCAAUUUGCCUCGUCGGUCGCAGUUCUCCACCCAGCCAGCCACCCUCAAGCAAAUUCCGCGAUGGCCAUUAACAUCAACGAUUAUCAGGCCAUGGAGCCACAGGCCCCCGAGAAAAAGUCGUUCCUGCGCAAGACCCUGACGUCGCUGACCUUCUGGAUUCUGGCUGGUAUGGCUAUCGGAAUCCUAAUGGGCCAGUUUGCCCCCGACUUCUCCGAGAAGGCUGCGCCCAUGAAGAACAUUUUCCUGCGUACCGUGCAGUUCAUCGUGUUCCCGCUCGUGUUCUCGUCGCUGGUUGUCGGUAUCGCCGACCAAAAGGACAUGAAGCAGCUCGGUCGCUUGGCUAUCAAGUCCAUCAUCUACUUUGAGGUCGUCACCACGAUCGCCCUCAUUCUCGGACUCUUCGCUGUCAACAUCGUCAAGCCUGGCAACGUUGGUCUAUCGCAGGGCGAGGACUUCGAGAGCGAGUCAGAGUCGAGCCUCACUUUCGAGAAGUGGAUCAGCCACCUGACCCCUAAGACAUGGGGUGAGAUGAUGGGCGGCUCGGGCUCAUCCGAGCUGCUUCAGGUGCUCGUCGCGGCCAUUCUGACGGGUGUCGCCACGUCUCAGCUCAAGGAGGAGCCCAAGCGCCUGAUCAUCGACUUCUCCCGUGCUGUCCUCGAAAUGAUGUUCAAGUUUGUUGACAUUGUCAUCUGGACUGCCCCCAUUGGUGUGUGCUUUGCUAUUGCUGACGCGAUCGGAUCGAACGGUCUGUCGGCUCUUGGCAGUCUUGGCGCCCUCGUUGCCACGGUUUACGUGACAAUCCUCCUCUUUAUUGUCGUUGUAUUCGGCUCUGUCUGCAUUUUGUUUAAGAUCAACAUCAUGGAGUUCCUCGUUGCUAUGAAGGAGCCGCUUAUUAUCGCCUUCACGACGGCCACGUCCGAGGCCGCUCUGCCCAAGGUGUUUGACGCCCUUGAGAAGUACGGUGUGUCCACCCACGUUUCGGGUUUCGUUGUGCCGUUCGGCUACUCGUUCAACCUGGACGGGUCGACCCUUUACCUGUCGCUGGCGUCGGUCUUCUGCGCUCAGGCUUCGGGCAUUGACAAGUCGAUCGGUGAGCAGAUCGUCAUGGUUCUGAUGCUCAUGAUCUCGUCCAAGGGAGUGGCUGGUGUGCGUUCCGCCACGCUUAUCGUCAUCGCUUCGACGCUCGACCAGUUCGACAUCCCGUCGUGGCCCGUGGCUCUUAUCCUCGGUGUGGAUUGGAUCAUGGACAUGCUUCGUACCCUCACGAACGUCAUGGGUAACUGUCUGGCCUCGGUUAUCAUGGCCAAGAUGGAGAACGAGUUCCGGACGGAGGAAUGGAAGAGUCUCCAUGGACACGACGACGACAAGAUGAGCGUGAUGGACGAGAAGAUGAGCCACGUGUCGGCUGUCUCCGCCAUUGAGGAGGCCCGACGCUAA